UGGUAUUAUUGCUUUAUUUAUUUUCAGAUUUAAUGCCACUUCACCAUCAUAUUAUUAAUUUUAGUCGAUUGUGUAGUUUUAGAGAUUGAACGCGAUAUGAGUUUAAUAUUUCGUGUAGUAGGAGUUUGUUGUUUACCUGGAAUUCUUUAGACAUGUAUGAUCUAAUAUUGAAAAAAAAUAAGAACGAUAACGAUAAAUGGCGAGGAGUCGUAAUAACCGUCACCUGUAUAUUUUUUUGUAUAUGCGUUGCUAUAAUUGUACUAGACAAUACGCUAGGAAUUUUUGACUUGGACAGUCCCAAAAUUAAAAACUGUUCAACAGAACAUGGUCGACGGAAAAUCUCAAAGCCAAAGCUGUCAAACUUUAAACUAAAAGAAACGGAUGGUAGGUGUUAUGUUAGCAUACAAUCCGAAGGCUGUGCUAUUACCUGUGAUGGAGCGACUGUGCAAGAUAUAUUGAAAAGUGAUGUUGAUAACUGCGGUGGAAGAAACGUAAUACUUACACUUAAGGGUUUAUCCAUUCCUAAUGGCAAAUUAGAGGAAGGAUGGUUGAAUGGCUUUCCUCUUUCAGUAACAUCGCUCCAAAUCUCAGAAAGUGUAGAUGAUUUAGGAGACAGGGUUUUUAGCGGCGUUCCUUUUCAAAUUUUAUCAGUUUUAAUAUUAGACAACACGAAUUUAUCUCAAUUAAAAAAGAACAUCUUAGAAGGUAGCAAACUUAAAAGAAUGGAGUUUAGGUUCAUCGAUACGAGGCAAGUUGAUUUUGAGUGGGGACUUUUGCAACCUGUGGCAAGUUCAUUGGAGAUACUACAAAUACAACGAUGUUAUCUUGAAGCUGAGGACAUUAUAAAUUUAACGGGUACAGGCACAACUUUGCAAAUAGUAGAAUUGGAUAUGAUGUAUAAUUCCAUAGAAUACUUGAAGAGUAACUCAUUCAUCGAUAUACCCAGAGUCGUUCAAUUAUAUUUAACAGAUUGCAACAUAAAAUAUGUGGAAAAAGAUGCAUUUAGCGGUAUAGGACAUGCUUUAAACUUGUUUAGUAUUAAUAAAAACUCUCUAAGCACAUUGCCGAAAGGAAUUUUUAGUGGUUUUCAAGCUACGUCUUCAAAUUUUGGUAUAUAUGACAUUUCAGACAAUCCGUGGAUAUGUGAUUGCGAUCUGUUAUGGUUAAAAGAGUUUUAUAUCACUCAUAAAGGAAUUUAUUUUGGAGGAGGCCAAAUUCCAUUCCUAUGUCACACUGAUGAAGGUGCACAAGAUUAUACGAAAGUUGAUUUUUGCCCUAGCAAGACGACGACUACAACUUCUACAACUUUAACAACAUCUACAACUUCUACAACUUUAAAACCUACUACACAGAAGGUAAUAACUCCGCAGCCGACACGAUUGACUUCCACUAAAACUUCGAACGAAAUAACCACUGAAAAAUUAACAUCAUUGCCUUCGAAGUCUACCAGUACCAUAUCAGUUACAUUUAGCAACCCCACUACAGACAAAACUACUACUACACAAGCACAACCGGUUGAUCCUACAGAAUAUAUUAGCAUAACUUGUGAUGACUGCACCAGAAAAAUGUAUAAAAGCUCCACCAUUAAUAGGAUAUACAGCCACACACUAUCUGUAAGAAAUGGAUCCAUUACAUAUGACUUUUACGAACUAGAAGGUACUCCAAACUAUGAAAUAACUUUACACAACUCAGUAGACAAUGAGUACAUGAUUUGGUUUAACGUGGAUCAACACGAUGAAAGGGGCUGUGAAUAUAAUAUCAAAGAAGUCGUUAAUUUACAAAGAUUAAGCUUCAGUCAAAGAUAUAUUCUUUGUUUGCUACGAAAAAACGAAUCUACAGUUUCGCCGUUUGAUUGUACUUCCCUGGUCGUACCGCCAGAAUGGAGUGAGAAAACUUGGAUUUUUAACAAAGAUAAAGUUCUUCUGAUAGUAAUGUAUGUUAUUACGCUAGUUAUAAUCGUGACGAUAACUGUUUUGAUUGUGUAUUGCAUAAUUAAAAGACACCCGAAACUUAUAAAAUCAAACAAAAAACUGACUGAAGAGGAAGACGGUAUUUUUAAUAGUAACCAAAGUUUUCCUUCGGUUAAUUCGUUGUACUCAACCAGUAAUGGGUAUCUUUCACCAAGAAUUUUGACUAGAAGAUGGAGUAGUAGGAAGCUAAGUACUAUCUCAGAAAAAGAUUACGAGGGGUCAUUUAACGCAGUUUACAACGUAACAGAAGGUCAUUUAUAUGAAGCUCCUCCUCUUCCUCCUAAUCAUCCAUCCAGGUGGAGAAAGUUGGAAUGCGAAAAUGAGUUUUUUCCUUCGUCUUUGUAUCUAAAUAGAAGAAACAGCUUUAUCAACGAAAUUAGACACCCCGUCUCUCCGGCACUGGACAACGUUAGAUCAAAAAGUUUACCCGAAGAAAAUAGCAGAUAUAUCGCGUUUCAUCUUAGCAAGUAAAAGGAAUAUUGAGUAAAAAAAAAAGAAAAAUAAUAGUAUAUUACUUUAUGAGGCGGAGAAGCAUGACUUUUCUUGACGCGCCCGAUAUUACGCGCCGAACGAAGUGAGGCGCGUAAUAGAGGGCAAGUCAAGAAAAGUCGCUUCUUUGCCGAAUAAAGUAUACUAUUUUUUCUUCAAACGUAGCAAUUUUCAACCAUAAAUCAAGCACGGUUGCCGAAGGAUAUAUAGAGGAUUCAAUAAGAAAUAAGAACGAUAAUGCUCAAAAAAUUUUAAACCCUCAUGAUUCGCCAACAUCGGGAAUGAUUGCUGAAAGUUGUGCUCGACCAUCAGUAUCAUCAACAAUUACCAAUGCGUAUCAAGAGUCGGGAACAUUUUUGCACGGUUUUAAUUUUGAAAAUGCCUCAUUAACUAAUUGUACUUUUAAUAUUACUAUAAAUAAAAAUGAUGUUUAAUUGUUGUUAAUGACAUUUGUAUUGUUGCUUUGUGACAUGUUUCAUAUUGUUGCCAUGACAACAUUUUUCCCUCCGCCGUAAAGAAAUGGGAAAAAAACUGCUGCCGGCGGAGACAUCAAACUUUGACAGGAUCAAGUUAGAUAAGUAAUGUCAUCAUUAUUUGACGUUUGAAGAAAAAAAACUUUUUAAUUUUGAUUGGAAUAUCUUAAUAAAUAUGUAUCAUAC